GAUAGCAUCCAUUUAUCCAAAAUAUUUGUGUUUCCGUUUUUUUUUUAUUUUGUUUUAAGGUUUUUUUUUUACACUCAAAACCACACAAAAGGAUUUGCCCGGAACAUGAAGAGCAUAGUGGCUCAGACGGAAUGCCAACUGCGGCCUCUUAAGGUGUGCGGCUUGGUUUCGGCGCUUAAGGCUGCCCGAGGUGAUCACCUGGGAAACAGCAGUGCGGUGUGCAAGCUGGUGGCGCAGAUGGUGGCCGGUCAGGCGAAGUUCCAGUGGACGCCGCACCUGACGUCGCUGAUCGAUCGACCGAACACGGGCACCCGUCACCUGUGGCGGCCAUAUGUGAGCUACGGCACCCGCUACGCCCGCAAACUAUCCGGCCAGAUGGAGCGACGUGGAUUGAGCGUCAGCUUCCUAAGUCGCUGCCUGGCGAAGAAGGGUCAGAAUUCGAGCUCGAGCUGCACCCUGCCGGUGAAGACGCGAUAUGCGCCCAAAACGCUGCAGGGGCGAGAGUGGCCCAUUUGGCGGCAGUCCUCGAUGCGACCGCUGCUCCUGCCCUCGUCCAAUCUGUGGACCGGUGUGCUCAGCAAGCGUUUCUAUGUCCCACGCCUGCGGCCCGUCGAGGAGGAGGAGGAGGUGGAGCGCCUGGCCGUCCCCCAGCUGAGGAUAACCAAAGAGCAGAGCGAGGAAGAGGAGCAACAGCUCCAGCGACGAAGAGAUGGCAGUCGUCUUCGCAGUGAGUGCUCCGAGUUUUAUCUGCCGGAGGGGCGGGAGCAGGACUUCAACGAGCGGGAAAGGGCGGAAGAGGGGGAGGGGGAGAAUAAGCGACAUCGACAGCCCUACGUUCCCAGCGAACUGAUGACCCCCGAACUGGCCACCAAGUGGCAAACCACCAACGACACCGACAGGGAGCGCCGGCUGCUGGAUCUCGAGCAGCAGAUGAAGACACAGCCAUCCGUACGGAUGACGACACACACCUGGAUCAGCGGGCAUCAUAGAAGACAGCGCAGCCGUCGUUCCAGCGCCCAGAGGAGUCGCAUCGUUUCCGAGCUCGAGGGCUGGCGGAGAUCGUCAAAUCAUCAGCCAGUGCCCGUCUUCCAGGGCGAACCAGCCGAGCAGGAGCACCUGCGUCACGCCAGCAGCAAGAGCAGCGCCAGGAGCAUGACGGACGACCAGGAGAGUUGCCAGAUGGUGUGGGAGCAAAAGAAGAGAUCCCCGUGGCAGCGCACCGAGGUGACCAUCAGCAAGUCGGGACGAAUGCCCAGCAUCCGGGCGGCCAAGUCGGCGGUAAUGAUGGCACAGGAGGCGCGAAACAAGCACCAUAGGCGGAUCACCCAGGAGCUGGUCUACAGACCCAGGGAGACAGCGGAAGCAGACGAAGCCGAGGGGACAGAGGAUCAGGAUACCCAUCACCGCCCCACCGGUGGGGGCCAGAAGAUGUCCAAGAGAGCUCCAGAGCGGGCAUUGCUCCAACAGCAUCUGGCCGAUCUGCUGGUUGUGCCUGAGCCAGAGGACUCAUUUCGGAUUGGCUACCAGCCCAAUGCGCCCACCCGACAGCUCCUCGAGCAGGGCAAAUGCUAUGUGUCGCUGCGCCGGGAGCAGUUCAUCCAUCUGCAGCCCGUGAGGCCCAAUUCCCUCAUCCAUGCGGUCGAUCUGGAGGUGAGGGAGUCGCCCCGAGUCACCGGUCAGCCGGUGACCACGCUGCAUCGUAGGGACGGCGCUAAGCGACCCCGUCCCGUGGAGGUGGUGGUCAAGCCAUCGCUACUCACUGUGAUCCGUCAGAAUGCCGUCACUUGGGACCACAAUGGACGGAAAGUGGCCGCCAAAAGGUGCGAUUUGGUGGGUGUGCGUCCCAAGGAGCAGCCCCACCAGCGGCGCCUGCUGAGGAUUGCCUCAUCCCUGGAGGCCAUUGUCAAGGCCCAAACGAAGCCCACAUCCGAACCGAAGUCCCAAUCAUCGGUCAGCGACUACCACAGAAUGGCGAGCCAGAAGCUGCCGCAUGUGACCAGCAAGCUGGACAUUAGCAAGGCGGCAGAUCCCUUCAAGGAUCUCGACGAGCCGCGCAUCAAGGAGAAGGAGGUGGCCGCCAGCUGGAAGCAGGCGCAUGUGGCCGGAAACCAUAAGUACGAGGCCUCCACUUUCUACAGACGGCGAUCAUAUCCCGGCAAGAAGAGCAACACCAAGGACAUGACGGCUGGUUACUUCCUGGCCAAGCGCAGCUCCUCCACGACGGUGAUCGCACAACCGGUAUCCUCCAAGAAGGUCAAGCCACCCAAGCCGCCGGUGGUCAGUCCAAAGGUCCAGGUGCCCAGCGUGCUGCACAAGCAAAGGUCCCACGACAGACUUGGCCCGGAGGCCACAAGGCCCGAAGAUGGGCUCUGGAGAUAGGGACCCCCAUUCAUCAUCCGUUGUUGCCCACAAGCGAACCCGGACAAACCAAAGGCAAAUCCACAUUCGAAGCGGAAUUCCAAAUUGAGCAGUGAACACUACAAAUAUACACGUUAUAUACAUAUAUACACACACACACACACACCUGGUGGAUCGAUGCUCCUCCCCGGAGACUUUUUCAAAUCGGAAAACUCCAAUCAAAACUAUACUAUCGCCAAAAUCGCAAUUCAAAAACGAUCAGAAUCGAAAAUUCCAAAAAUCUGAGGGUACAGCUGCUUCGAAAACUAUCACUUUCACCCAUUUGGCAUAUUGAUAGUUAUUUAUAGCUCUUUGUUUUUUUUAUAUAUAUA